AUAGGCUUUUUUCGUAAUGUAACCAAAUUUUAAUGCAAACCUUUUUGUGAAGUGCCUCGAUACAAAUUCAUUCACCUGAUAAGAAUAAUAGUAUUUCAAUAGACACAAACCGAACUGCAUACGUUAGUUGCUGCCAGGUAGGACAAACAUUAUGACUUGCCCUACCUAGCAACACUUAAUAUAUGCAGUUUGCAUUCUGACUAUUGAACUGUUGUUCUUAUCAGGUGAGUGAAAUAGUUUGUAUCAAUUAAGGCACUUCACAAAGACGUAUGUAUUAAAUUUGGUUUAAUAAAAAAUAUGGCCUAUUGCAACUUUGGAUAUAUUAUAGUUCCCUUGUGAGCGGAUAAUUGUAAAUCUCGGUGCAUUCGUUUAAACACUUUCAAGGAAGAACUGAACUCUUUAUUUGAUUGAAGAAACGAAGUUUGUGAACAUUUAUGUUGAGAAAAACGGUCAGAAAAAAGAUUUUCAUAAAUACUCUUCUACAAACAUUUGCAGUUGAAUAUCAUCUAUGGAGGAGAAAAGGACUUUUAUUUUUGGAUUACGUAUAGGCAUAUAGUUUCUUUUUGUUUUUGAGGGAUCGAGUGUCUACCUACUGGUUUUGAAGAUUGUUCAAAAGAAAAAUGACGAUCGACGGAUCAGCUGGAAUAGAAAGCGGUAUUCAACGCGAUGACAAUAAAAACGAAAGGGAUCGUCUGAUUCUCAGCGAAUCGCCGUCUCGUCGAAAUCAACGUCCAAAGCGGUCUUUCUGCCAGCUUCUUCGGAACGGCAGUCAGCAGUUCGCGCUGGAGUUCGCCUUCAGCUGCGAGACGGCACUCGGCACACCCAUAGUCCUCCAGUUAGGUUUACCGACUGUGCUGCAAGGGCUAUGCUGGGUUCUUGGUCCAAUAUGCGGCUUCGUGCUCGGGCCUCUGAUCGGGUCUCUCAGCGAUAACUGCACCUCACGGUGGGGUCGUAGAAGACCUUUCAUAUUCGUCCUAAAUCUUCUUGUAAUUGUGGGCUGUGCUGGCUACCUCAAUGUGCAGUAUAUUAGCAAUGAUGGGUUAGGUAUAACGGUGGCUCUUCUUGGUAUCUUACUGGUCGAUCUGUGUGCCUUCCUCACCGAGUCCACAUCGAGGGCCUAUCUUCUUGAUGUCUGCGAUGUCGAUGAGGUCACUCGGGGUCUACUCAUGAGAACAGUCAUAGGAGGUUUAGGGUGUGGCUGUGCCUACCUCGUCGCCGGCAUCAACUGGGUAAACACGCCACUCGGUGUCGUGAUCAAAAGCAACUACGAACUUAUCUUCCUACUCACUGUUCUGGUUUAUAUCGUGUGCGGGAUCCUAACAAUAACGAGCAUCGCUGAGGAGCCACUGGUCAUCAAGAGGGAGGAUGAGAAGGAGGAUGAAGUCGGGAUGCAAACGAUGAAGAAAUAUACAACUGAAGUCGACAGGGAGGGGCUUUCCCCACCGGAGGAUGAAGCCGUUCCUACCUUACGUGAGCGCAUCACAUCUAUCUUCCGUAUGCCCACGUGCAUGAGAUGGCUAUGUGUGACACAUUUCUUCGGCUGGGCAUCGUUUACAACAAUCGUACUCUAUUUUACAGACUACUUCGCUCAGGAAGUUUUACAUGGUGUGCCGACGGCUCCCAUCAAUAGCACAGCUUUCCAAUUAUACCAGGAGGGCACCCGGCUUGCUAGCUGGGGACUCUGUGGCUUUGGCUUCUCCACUGCUGUUCUUUCACUCCUUUUUCUCAAGAUUCGAUCUUGUUUUAGCACCAAGGCGUUGUACAUCGGGCCACCCCUCAUCUUUGGAAUCUGUGUGGGUAGCAUGGCCUUCUUCGUAGACUACCAGAUACUCACCCUGGUUCUAUGCUCAAGUUUUUCUCUCAUCUUUGUUACGAUCACGACCAUUCCCUAUGAUAUACUCGCGAACUAUCAUAGUGAUGAACAAUUUACCCACCCGCAGAAUGGACCAAUCCGCGGACAAGGAACCGACAUGGGUAUUUUGUUCGCGAUGACGUUCCUUGGUCAGAUUGUCAUCUCAAUUCUGAUAGGUCCACUGGUGACUGCGACGAAUUCACAGCUACCUGUCGUCAUCAUGACCACCAUAAUGGCGUUUUUGUCUGUUAUCUGUGCUUUCUUCGUCACAUAUCAAUAAGCGAGUUCGUAAAUAGCUCUGGACAGCAAGACCCCAAAAUAUCCACAGAUCUUAGAUACGAUGGAUACUUCCCACCUGUGCAUUUUAGAAUAAUC